UAUGUAUCUCUGCCAGCUGUUGCACAGAUGAACGAGAAUAUAUAUAAUAGACGUUCUCUGUUGUUGUCUUUUCGGAACGAUGUAGGAAAAAGAGAGCUGAAUAAUUGUGGCAAUUUAGAGACUGAGCCGUGUAGUUAGAUUUGGAGAACAUAAUAUUUUUCUAUUAGAAUGUAAUAUGUCAUUCUUAGUAAUAUUAAAACUUAAGUGAUGUUAUUUCAGCAAACACGUUAAUUGUUCAUUUAAAGUAUAGUGCUUGAAAUAGCCAAACAUUCGCGUCAAAAAUACUGAUUCAGGUGAAGUUAUCGUUGAUAAUUUUUAUAGAACGCGGAAAACAGAACGUGGCAAAGUAUCGUUAGCGGCCACAGGUGUUUAUUGGUGUCGUAUUCAUAGUAUUGAAGUUUUACAAGUUUGAAUUAAUUAUCAAAUAAAAAUGCGAUUUGCGCAAUAUAUUUGUUUCGUGGCCAUUUCCUUAGCCAUGGUGCCAGCAUGUUUAGGGCUUUUGGAUGGUAUCUACUGCGGCAGGGAAGAUUGUUAUGAUGUCUUGGGUGUAACUCGUCAAUCCACCAAAUCCGAAAUAGGAAAAGCGUAUCGUUUGUUAGCUCGAAAACACCAUCCUGACAUGCAUCGGGGUGCUGAAGCAAAAGCGGAGGCAGAGAUAAAGUUCAAGUUGGUUGCCACUGCGUAUGAAAUCCUGCGAGACGAUGAAUCACGAAGAGAUUAUGACUAUAUGUUAGACCACCCAGAGGAAUACUAUUCACAUUACUAUCGCUACUAUCGAAGACGUGUUGCGCCAAAAGUCGAUGUUCGCAUCGUCAUUGUUGCAACUCUUACAAUAGUUUCUAUCAUUCAGUACUACUCGGGACUACAGCGUUAUGAUAGCGCUAUAAAAUAUUUGGCAACUGUGCCAAAAUAUCGGAAUCAGGCAAUAGAAAUUGCCAAAGACGAGAUUGAAAAAAUAAGUAAUCGUAAGGGCAAGAAUCGAAUGUCAAAGAGUGAUCAACGCGAAGAAAUUGAACGCAUUGUCCGUAAAGUUAUAGAGGAAAAGAUGGAUGUUAGGGGUGGCUAUGCUAAACCUUCAAUAUAUGACGUACUGUGGGUCCAGUUGCUGAUUUGCCCAUACACAUUGCUUAGUUUCUUAGUUUGGCAUGCAAAAUGGAUUUGGAAAUUCACAAUAAGGAAGCAGCCGUACGGACGAGAUGAAAAGCUUCAUUUGAUAAGGCGUUAUAUGAAAAUGGGUGAGAACCAAUUUAAUGGAUUAGAAGAUCAUCAAAUUGAAGAAUAUUUACGAUUGGAGCUAUGGGAAAAGGAUAAGUUUGAAGAAUGGCAUGAAGAGCAGGAAGAGGAGAUGAAAAAGAAAUUGGCAGAGAACCCACGAUACAAAUCUUACCGACGAUAUAUGAAAAACCAUGGACCAGGAAGAAUGACAUUUGAGGACUAAAAGACCAACGCCUCAAAUUCAAUUAAUACAUACUUAUGUUAAAGAUAAACUAAAAAUUUGCUAAAAAAUAUUUAUUUAAUUUCCUAAAUAACAGUAAAGUAGAAUACAAUAUACAAUACAUAUUAUUAUGGCUAAUAUAUCAACAUGUAUUUAAGUUGAUCAAGUUUUAUUGAUUCCGUUUUCAAAAUGUCUUUCUUUUUGUCAUCGAAAUAUGUUUUAAAAAUAAAAUGAAUUUACUGUAAACGUAACAACUUUAA